AUGGGGAUUUAUCGUGUUAAAAAACCAGUUGUCAAAGAAAACUCCAGGAUUCAGAGGAAGAUUUCAAGGAAGAUUGAAACAAGUCCAGACACUAUUAGAAAAAUCAUUCGUGAAGGUUUCUACGUCUCCUUGGUGGUCGGCCGUUGGUGGGAGCAGUUUAAAAAUAUCCCUUGGAUUGACACUCUCGCGAUCUGGAUCAACGCGAAUAUUCGCGGCAACAGGGAAAAGGACCGUCUCCUUCGGCGAACCCUGAUCCGCUACGCAAAUUUGACCAUUGUCCAAUGUUUCAUCCUAAUUUGUCCCCGUGUCAAGAAACGUUUCCCCACGAUGGAACAUCUCGUCGAGGGUGGCCUUCUGCUGCCGAAUGAGAAAGAAAUAAUGCAAGAUCUGUCCGCCUCCCUGCACAAAAAAUACCAAACCAAUUGGAUCCCGCUCGUCUGGGCGGCGGGAAUCGUGACGAGGGCACGUACCGAAAAUAAAAUCAAGAACGAUUCCGUGGCAAACAUUUUACUGACGGAGCUAACAAAACUGAAGGAUCAGUUGAACAUGUUGAUAAGCUAUGAUUGGAUAAGUGUACCCCUCGUUUACACGCAGGUCGUCACGCUGGCGGUGUAUUCGUAUUUUUUGAGCUGUCUGAUGGGGCGGCAGUGGCUGUUUAAUCGGGAAGGAGCAAUUAAGAAUAGUUCCUCGGCGGAGACGGAAGACAAGUGGAAUGAACUGGAUAUCUUUCUCCCGUUUUUUACAAUAUUGCAGUUUCUCUUUUAUAUGGGAUGGCUGAAGACGGCGGGGUCCUUGCUUAAUCCUUUUGGUGAUGAUGACGACUUUGAGCUUAAUUGGUUCGUGGAUAGGAAUUUACAGGUUGGCUAUCUAAUCGUGGACGGGAUGCACAAAGAAAUCCCUGAGCUAUUAAAAGAUCAAUACUGGGAUGAAAUUGUGCCUCCCGAGCUGCCUCACACGGUUGCCUCCGAAGCCUACAAAGAGUCCCCGUUCGAAGGGUCCACCAGCAAUGUGAUCGUCUCAGAAAAAAAUGCCGCUGUCAUGCCACCCUCCGACCCAGCCCUUCAUGCCUCCGCCUCUUCUCACAAUUUGCUAAAAACGAGUCAUUCCGCAAAAAAGAUGACGCCAAUUCCCGACCAGCCCGAAGACCAGAGCCGUCUCCUCGAUGCGGCGGCAGAUGGCGCCAUUGAAAACGUUGACACAAUUAAUUUCGAUGCCUUAACGGAAGGAGAGGGGACCCACCCAAGCAUUGAGGACGUGUUUGGAAUAGAAUUUAAAGUGAAAAAGCCAUCGGACGAAGAAGUGAAGCAAGGUGGGAGUGGAGAUGAGGAAAAUCCCGAUAUGAUCGAGUUGGAUGAAGUGGUUGUUGGGGAAGGUGCAAAAGAUACCAAAGAUUAA